AUGCAUCUUAGGAUGUUUGAGGUGUGUAAAGACUGGUGUAAUAACAAUGGAUACGAUGUAAUUGGAGGAUAUUUGUCACCUGUUGGUGAUGCCUAUAAGAAGCCUACAUUGAUACCAUCGAGAUAUAGAGUGGAUAUGGUGAACGCUGCACUAGAGUCAUCGGAUUGGCUCAGUAUUGAUACAUGGGAGUGCAAGAGACCAGAGUUCACUCCAACUCGACAAGUAAUGGAUCACCUCUGUGAUGUUGUCAACGAACACCUACAGACCGCCAACAACAGUGGACAACCUCCAGUUCAGAUCAAGCUGAUUGGAGGUGCAGACAUGCUGGGCACAUUCAAUGUUCCAAAACUAUGGGCAGAGACCGAUAUGGACAUCAUAACUUCAUCAAAGUAUGGACUGUUGUGCUUGGAGAGGAUUGGCUCAAACAUUAGGGACAUCAUUGCUGAGAACCCGAUACUCACAAAGAAUGCAGAUAAUAUCAAGGCGAUUGAUGUUGGUGUACUCAAUGAUAUAUCUUCGACAAAGUUGCGCGAGUUGAUCAGGAAUGACAGGUCGAUCAAGUACCUCACACCAGACUCUGUCAUUGACUACAUCAAGCGCAAUGACCUCUAUCGCACUCUCCCUCCAACUCCCACGCCGAUCCACACAGCUGCUGCAAUCGAUAUCAGCAGCAGCAGCAGCAGCAACAACUAG